AUGCCAAUAAAGGUCUUCAAAGUUGUCCGAAUUAGGUUCGAUUCCUACAAAAUCAAGAAGAAACAUUUAUUAGGAUUAUCAACACCCUGCAGUGCAAUACGAGAGCCCAGAUACUUGAAACCUGGUGUUAUGGCCCCUGCCACCGAGGUAGAGUUAGCACGACAUGUUUCGCCACUACUUCGCAUUCCUUUUGAUCCUACUGGCAUGUACAUUGACUCCUCCGAGUGUCCCAUAUGCCUAGGAUCCUUUGUAGUGGGAGAGGACGUAGUGCGCCUCUCUUGUGGUCAUAUCUUCCACCACGAGUGUGUGGAGCGUUGGCAAAGGAGGUCAGGCACAUGUCCUGUAUGUCGCCGACCUCAUAUAAAGGUUGCGCUCGAAGUUUCUGAUUUUUAG